CAAACGGCCACACUGAGCAGCAACAAUUUUUUUGUUUCUCAUUUUGUUUGUGAAAAUUUAAAACUAAACGACAAAGGCGACCGAGCGAUUUCCCUCGCUGCUGACGUGCUCGAUCAAGUCCCAAAAAUGUCGCAACAACGUGCUACGGAUCAAAAUAUGGCCACCAGCAGCAGCAGCAACAGCAACAAUAACAACAACCAAAGCGAUGUGAUUACGCUGGACGACGACGACGAGGAUGGGGAAGUGAUAUUCGUGGGACAUGUGCGUCCCACUGGCUCCACCAUUGAUCUCUGCCUGACGCCCUCCACUUCGGCGGCUGCGGCAGCUGCUGCCCGUUCCGGGAGCUCCUCCGGAACUGCCGAUGACGAUCCGGGAUCCAGAGCCACUGCAUCUGCAUCCAAUCCACUUUCACCUGCUUCGUCACCGGCGGAUGCAGCAAAAUCCGUCACAGUGGAUGCAGGCACCACAAUUUCUGUCGGAGAUCCCCUAGCCGCAGCAGCUGCUGCUUUGGAGUGUCCCAUUUGCCUGCAAACAUGCAUUCACCCAGCUCGUCUUCCAUGUGGCCACAUCUUCUGCUUCUUGUGCGUUAAGGGCGUUGCUUACAAGAAUCCACGCUGUGCCAUGUGCCGCCGAGAGAUUCCCGUCGAGUUCCUGGACCAUCCCCAGCUGGUAAAUGGCAUUGAGGACAUCUGCACCACUCGGGCCACCGAAGAUGGCUACCAGUGGUACUACGAGGGCAGAAAUGGUUGGUGGCAAUACGAUGACCGCACGAGUCAGGACAUCGAGGAGGCCUUCAAGAAGGGCGACAAGUCCUGCACCAUCCUGGUGGCCGGCUACGUCUACAUUGUGGACUUGGAGCAGCUGGUUCAGCAGCGCCAAAACGAGCCCACUCGCUGCCGGCGGGUCAAACGAGAUCUGGCCACCAUACCCAAGAAAGGGGUGGCCGGUCUGCGGAUCGAGGGCAACCAGGUGACCAGCGACACCGUUUUCAGCAGACCGACCAGCACGACCAAUCCAACCACCGUUUCGGCAGCUGCCUCCAGUUUCAUGUCCACAAUAGCAGCCACGGAUGCGGCAAUCAGGAUUGCCAGCGACAUAAUUGGCUCCACUUUGGCCCAUGCGGACGAACUCACCCGUGGACUGGCGGCCAGCAACAUCAGCGACGAUCCCAGCAGCAGCAGCAGCAGCGGUGAGCAAACCAACUCCACAAAUCCACAGGACGCAGGACGCUCGCCUGCCUCCUCGCCUGCCUCGAGUUCCAUGCAGGAUCUGAUCACGCGGGACCUGCGGAACACCCAGCAGGUGAUUGCCCACAACCAGCACACCAUCGAUCUCUUCGAGCAGGCCUUGAACGACUUCCAGGCGCUGACCAUGCGCAACUAUGUGGACUCCAGCGAUGAGGAGGAGCAGGACGACCAGGAUCAGGAGCAGGAGCUGCGGGAACGGGAACACGAGCAGCUGGAGGCGGGCGAGCAGCCACAGUCCGGCGAUAAUCACCAGGGAUUCUAGAAGUUACAUAGCCCACUCUGAAGACAGAUUACUCAAUUGCUAGCCCAGCCCAUACACUUAAAGAAAAUAUCAAUGUUCCUUUUAGCAGAUUUCAUUAAACGGAAUGGGGAAUGUUAACUAGAGAAAUGCAGCGCGUACCUGAGAAUAUAUCAACUAACAUAUAUAUUGAUAGGCUCCGAGCGUUGAGCGUUGAACAGAAAUAGAAACGGAAACGGAAACAGAACAGAAUGUCUACAGGGUAAAACAAACACAUAUUCCUUAAAACUUUAAAUCAGAGAUAUUGAUUCAUAGAGGUUACAGCAGAAAAGUGAGAAAUUGAAAGAAAACAUCUAAAUAAUAUUCUAUUCAAUUUUUUAUUAAGAAAAUAAACCAAGUUAAAGCAAAAUAAACUUGAUUUUAGCCAGAGAUGGAACGGUCAUAUGUGGAUUUUAAAAAGCAAUGUUUAAGAAACCUUCUUACUGUAUGGCUAUUUUUAGAUUGACUUUAAAGGUCUUCAUAUUUCCGUAACACCUCCGAACUUGCAGUAUUUCGCUGUACAUAAACUAUAACAAAAAAAACCUAAUAAUUACCUAUUCAAGAGUGCUAACGCAAAUUCUAGAUAUUCAAAAGCUAACAGAAGGCAAGGCAACCAAGAAAGAAAGAGUAGUGUGAGAACGACAAUAUAUUUGAAUUGGGAUUUACUUGACAAGGAUGCGAUUCUUGGGAGGUCAAUUAGAAGGAAAUUCCCAUUUACAUAAAUGAUAAUCAGUGCGUUUCUAAAAAUAUCUUCUAAAAAUCUUCGUUGCAAUUACAAACUCUUAAUCUUAUUUCGCAUACAUUAAAUUACAAUUUUAAUUUCCAUUUUAAUCUCCAAAUCUUUUCAAAACGCACUGUUGUCUGGGGAAUCAGAUCCAGUAUUAAUUAAUAAGUCGCCGUUAAGUGCGUUAAGCAAAAACAGUUCUGUGACACUUAAAUAUAUUGAUAUUUGUAUUGUAUAAGUUAAUAUAAUAAAAGUUAUUAGAAGAAAGAAGUUAGUCAGAUUACAAAUGACUAUCUUACCUGAAGAACUAAUGUAUAUUAUGUGCUACAAAGGAUAUACACCUGAUUUAAUAAUCUCAAAUUUUGUGACUACUAUUUAUAGAUUCGUUUUCGAUAUGUACUCCGCCAUUACUUCUAACAGCGAAAUGCGUAUUCGUUGCUUCCCUAAUAUCUACGAUAUACCUAAAGCUCUACUGAACCCGACUCCCGACCUCGAAAAAACCCCUCCCGGUAAUAUCAACAACAAUUUUUGAACUAUACCUAAUGCUCUCACAUAGAGAUCCAACCAUCCGCUUAAUCAUUUCUAAAACCAUCCUCCCUUGAAUACUCGCAUUUCUUUGAUCUUUGAUAACGUUCCGCUGUCGCAUAACUGACAAAUUAAGGAAAUGGCAUUAACUAGUAUCAUUUGCAUUGCAUAUCUGGAAUACAGAGUCUUAACGAUAUCAUUUCCUUACCUAAUGGUGGCAGGUCUAAGCAACUCAUUCGUACUUAUUAAUCAUUUAGCUUCUCAACAAUUAAAUCAAAACCAAAUGUGCCAAGCAACAUUUUUUGAACAGCACUCGCUCCGAUAUUUUCGACAGCACUGACAAAGGGCAACUAUAAUUAACAACACGUAGUAUUGUCUGUCAUUAAUUAUACUUAUAAUUAAUUAUUUAUUAAAUAAGCAUUUACAACUUGGUUGAUACAAGAUGUUAAGAAAUAGUUUUUUGCUGAAUCCGAUAUAUGUCGAUUAGAGAUCGAGCUCCUAACGCAAGAUCACAUUUGUCAUAGUUUAGAUCCUAAGACAUGUAAAGUUUGGCAAUAAAAA